GCAGCUUCCUUUGAAUACACCGGCUAUUGGUACCGCACAACGACAUUUCUCCUUCCCUUCUAAUACAAUCCCAACGAGUUUUUUUAUCGCCCGCUCUUCUUCAAACAACGUGCCAUAUCAACCCUCAGCAACCUGUGAUAUAAUACUCGAUGUCUAAAUAUUUACAUAGACAUAAACACCUAGUCGAAGACUAAAAUCAGGCUGAAGGUUUCAUCAGAUUCAAUAUCAAAAGAGAACUGAAAUUCCUAAGACAACGAGAACUUAGCCCGACCAGAAUACGUUCUUUAAGCGGAUUUAAUAUUACGACGAGAAAAGAGAAACGAAAGACGGCGCUGGAGAAUGUCGACGUGCACCGACGAGGCCGAUAAUGCACCCUGCACUCUGUCUCCGGUGCAGGAGGCACCAGUCUCACCGGCGUCCUCCUCUCUGAGCAACCCAAAUCAAAACGAGAGCGAGCAACAGGUCCUGCUGGCCACCAUGCAGCCGGUGAACGUGCUCGACUUGCACGAGCCGCCAGCCGUUCACACGCUUCAUCCCAAGUACCACCAUCAUCAUCAUCAUCGUCAUCAUCACCAUCACCAUCAUCAUCACCAUCAGCAACAGCAGCAGCAGCAGCAGCACAUCCAGAGCAGAGACCCGGACGACGUGCAGCAGCGCGCCGCGGCCGCGGACGACCCUGACGGCCGCGUGACGCCGGGCGCCGAGGCGGCCGCGGGCAACGCGGCGCUCGGCGUUGGCGAGCACAAGAUGAUCGACUUGAUCUACAACGACGGUCAAAAGACGGUCAUGUACACUCACGACAAGGAGAUCAUUUACGAGAACGAGCACGCGGAUCGCGUGCAGGUGGUCGAGUAUCCGCCGCCACCGCCCUCGCCGCCGUCGCCGUCGCCGCCGUCGGCCGGAGUCACGCGGACGAGCCUGUUGCCGCCGACCUGCGUCUCCCCGAGAUCCACGGCCGCCGCCGCCGCCGCGAGCGCUCUGCACCUGCAUCACUAUCCGCUGCAGCUGCAGCACGACGACGAUCUGCCGCCGACCGUGCGCCACGCUGUCAACGCGACCGUGCCGAAUUGCGGCGCCGCGACGACCACGACGACGGUCCUCGUGCUGUCGGAACUCGUCGCGGCCGAUCCGGCCGCCGCCGGUGCAGCCACAGCCACGCAGCAACUGACGCUCACCGCCGCCGCCGCGUCGUUUCGCGCCGGGCGACGCAGUCGCAGUGAGGAGGACACCAACGGUACCGUUGUCAGCGACGACGCGCAGCAACAGCAGCAGCAGCAGCAGCAGCAACAGAGCUACGUUUCCGGGCAGCGUGAACCGGAAGAGGAGGAGGAAUUGGGAGCGGAGGAGGCGGCGGCCCAGGCAGCGGCGCAGACGCUGCAGAGCGGCGCCGAGGGCGCUGAUCCGGAAGUCCACAAGAGGGUCGCCGCGGUGCAGGUGCAGGUCCAGGGUAUGGAGGGUGACUGGCGCGCCUACUGCGAGCAUCCGCUCUCCGUAGCGACCGCGGCCAUGCUAAACCUUCAGCAGCAGCAUCAGUCGGCGGUACCCAAUCACAGCGAUGAUCCCGCUGCGUCUUAUGUCUACGAAUAUUACAAAUUGCCUGAAAAAGCCGCGGACGUCAAGCUGCCGCCUACGCACGAACUCUGGUCCACGGGUGUGAUGGGCCAGAAGUUGCUGGUGCAAGAGGCGCCUGGCUCCGGUUCCGCCUCGACGAAUCGCAUGGAAGGCGGCGAAGGCGCCGGAGGGGGGGAGCUACACCAUUUCCUCCAGUAUAGCCAGCAGUCCCACAGUCCCAGCCAGAGCCUGCAGGGUGGCCUUCCGCUUCCGCUAAGCCCGCAGCCCCUGCGACACGACGGUGCCUCGAACGCCGGCAUCGUCGGGGUCAAGAGGGAACCAGAAGAUCUCAGCUCGUCACGCGGGGGCCAACAGUCCAGCAAACGACACAAACAAGCGCAACCGGACAGUCCUACGCCACCGGGAAUGUACCAUCACCAUCAGCAUCAAUUACAAGUGCAGCAAUAUGGCAGCCCUUACGACCCUUACACGUCCUGCAGUCCGCGGUUACAAUCGGCCGCGUUCACGUCAACAUCGGCGACCGGGACUGGGAAUGCAACGGCGAAUCCUGGUGGUGGUCUUCACCAGGAAGCGACGACGGUCUACGUUGCCAGCGACACGCUGCCACCAUUGGCCUCGUCAAGUUCGGCUUCCUCGCUAUCCACCACGACUGCUUCGUACACGAGGUACGAGGUUGUACCGAGCUCAUACGCUACGACACACGCCAUACGCUCGUCGUCGAGCAGCAGCAAGGUUUUGACCGUUGAUCUUCCCAGUCCCGACUCGGGCAUCGGUGCUGACGCGGUCACACCCAGGCAGGACCAUCAUCCGCCCACGGCUCUUCAUCAGUCCUCGUUCGACUACACGGAAUUAUGUCCCGGCGGGACAACAGCCGGAGCAGCGGUGGUUCUCGAGAGUGCGGUGAUACAUCAACCCUUGCAACUGCAGCUGCAGCAAAGCCACACACAGGCGCAAGUGCAACGUAGCAGUUUAGUGUCCGCGGGUGCAACAAAUCCAAAUCCGAACCCGAAUCCACAGAGAUCGCGGCCUUGGCAUGACUUUGGUAGACAGAAUGACGCUGACAAGAUUCAGAUACCGAAAAUUUUCUCGAAUUACGGAUUUAAAUAUCAUCUGGAGUCGCCGAUUAGCACAUCACAGCGUCGUGAAGAUGACAGAAUAACGUAUAUCAACAAGGGUCAAUUCUACGGAAUCACGUUGGAGUAUGUGACCGAUCCAGACAAGCCGCUUAAGGCAGGACAGACGGUAAAGAGCGUGGUAAUGCUCAUGUUCCGAGAGGAGAAGAGCCCAGAGGACGAGAUCAAGUCUUGGCAAUUCUGGCAUGGCAGACAGCACUCCGUCAAACAACGGAUUCUCGAUGCCGACACAAAGAACAGCGUUGGACUGGUGGGCUGCAUAGAGGAAGUCGCGCACAAUGCGAUUGCCGUUUACUGGAGCCCACUCGAAUCGUCGGCGAAGAUAAACGUUGCGGUGCAAUGUCUCAGUACCGAUUUCUCGAGUCAGAAAGGCGUGAAGGGUUUGCCGUUACAUAUCCAGGUCGAUACGUAUGAGGAACCGCCACCUCACACGCACACGUACACGCCGCCUUCCCAUCGUGGCUACUGUCAAAUUAAGGUCUUUUGUGAUAAGGGGGCAGAAAGGAAGACCCGGGACGAGGAGAGACGCGCAGCCAAAAGAAAGAUGACCGCGACCGGCAGGAAAAAGCUCGAUGAGCUUUAUCACCCCGUGACAGAGCGCAGCGAGUUUUACUCCAUGGUCGAUCUGCAUAAACCUCCUGUAUUAUUCUCGCCGCCGGCCGAGCACGCCAUCGAUAAGUUCUCGACGAUGGAGUUGUCGGGCUUCUACGGUGGUGGCGGCGGCGGGGGCGGGGGUGACACCGACACCUCGUCCCUCAGUAAUGGUGAAGGUGGAGGAUUAAAGGCGGCGGGCGGUAGCAGCCCCUAUCCGGCGGCAUGCGGCCGGCCGAGUCUGCCUGCCCUCAAGUUCCACAACCACUUUCCGCCCGACAAUCUCAGUAGCCUGCACGACAAGAAGGACUCGUUGCUGAUGCAGGUACAGGAGCUACAGGGCUCGGUGCUGGGGGUGCAACAGGCCGGUCUGACAGGCGCGGUGGUGUCCAGCGUCGGCAAUCGACUGCAUCUACAACAGCAGCCCUCGCAUCUGCGCUCGGCGGACGCCGAAGACCGCGUUAUGCUUUACGUGCGUCAGGAAUCGGAGGACGUCUAUACGCCAUUGCAUGUCACGCCGCCGACGGUCCAGGGGUUACUCAAUGCUGUAAGGAACAUCUUAAGGCUCUUUUCUUUUAAAUCGCCAAACACACAUCAACAUCUCACAACACGCAAACAUUCGCGCGCAAUUACAGCGAAAAUUGACGACGACAUGAUCCGAUAUUACGUCGACGAGGAUCUAUUCCUGCUGGAGGUGAGCCACUCGCGAAUCAGUCCAGACAGCGAACGCAACCCGAACAACCCGGGCUCGCCGGGUGAUCCCGGAGAUCCGGGUGAUCCUCCUACCACUGGCGGAUACGACGUGACGCUUAUCGAGCUACCCUCGUCGCCUCCGCAUAUGCCACAUUCACCCCUUGCCAAUUCUACGCAUGGACAUGCACAUGUUCACGAUAACAGUAACACAUGAACCUGAACGGACGAGAAAUGUUCGUACAUAAAUAUACAAGGACUGAACAUCCAGAAUAAUGAUGACGCAACAACAUCGUUGCUAAUAACGACGCUAAAGCUGAUUGCUAAAUGGACGAAUUUGCUCGCAUCGCGUGAAAUGAAGAUUCUCGUUCAGUUUAGUCGACGAUAGGCUUGCCAAAAAUGCUCAUCGAGAGGUACAAGUAGCAACAUGUUAAUUAUUUUUUAGCGAGAACGAUGAUGAAUCAAGAGGAUCAGAAGACACUGGAUUUUCAGAUUUUCAAGUAGUUCGAAGAAGAAACGUUUUGUUGCUUCAAUGUGGACUCUGAUCGUAUAAUCCUAGUAUAAUGUUACAGUCGAAGCCUAUACUUUGACAGAGAAAUGCUUUGUAACAUAUCUUAAUACAUAUGUUCGUUAGGUUUUUAUACUGAAUGUUUUAUUAAUAAUUAUUAUUUCAUAAUUAAGGUUUCAAUUCUUUCACAUCUAAUGAGACAUACACUCAGCACAUUUCAGAAAUCAUGUUUGACAGAUACUAGGUUAUUUUUAAAGACUUACAGCAAUCAUUUUAUAGAUUUUUAAACUAUAAAAAAAUAUGGUAAUAAAUAUUGUUAAAAAGUAAAAUGUUAUUAUAAAUAAGAUGCAAAGGUUUUCGAGUUAAUCGUGAAAAACUCAACUUGAACUACAUAGAAUUAUCAAAGUUAUAUCUUUUCGUGAAGAUUAUUGAAAUAUAUAUAACUUUAAUAAUAUACUAUCAUUAAAUAUUCUA